GUGGAGGCGAUGAUGAGAAGGUGGAGGGAGAUUGAGAAACAGGCAGAGGAGAUGGAGAAGGAGAAGGAGGCGGUGGUAGGUGGAUGCACAGGGGAGGAGGAGGUGCAGUGUUUGGAGAGAAAGCCAGCAGAGCUGAUGAAGGGAGGGAUGGAGAUGGAGUUAGGCGAAGAAACAAACGGUGUGCAGUUGGACACAGAGAAGCUGACACUGGGAGUGGUGGAGAGGAGCAAAAGAGAGGAGCGAGACACAAAGAGAAGAGAGCUGAUGAAGGGAGGGAUGGAGGUGGACGGACGGACGGAGGAGGAGGACAGAGGAAUAAACGGAGAGAAGCGAGAGAGUGCAGCGAUGGUGGAAAGCAGAAGGCAGAAGACAGACAUGAGUCUAGCAGAAAUGUCCAUAAAGGCAAAAGACACAGAGAAGCUGACACUGGAAGUAGUGGUGGUGGUGGAGAGGAGCAAAAGAGAGGAGCGAAAAGACGCAAAGAGAAGAGAAAUGGAGAGAAAGCUGCCAGCCGAGAAAAGCACAAGCACACAGGCAAUGGAGGUGGAGCUGAAAAGACAGGACGAGCAGCAGAGAUGGAGGAGAGAGGAGACGAUGCCGACAACCUCAGUGGAGGCGAUGAGGAGCUCGGUAUGGAUGGAGGGACAGAGGGAGGAGAGAGGACAAAGAGAGAGGCAGCAGAUCAUAGAUGAGAUUACAACAAAGAGCGCAACAAUGGAGAAAGAUGGAGAAAUUGCAAGAGUGAAAACAGGGAGGAAGGACAACGCAAUGCUAAAGACUGUAAGUCUUGGAGUUGCCAAAAAACAAUUGGGAAGAUUAACUGUGGUGGACCAAGAGUCUUGGAAAACCGCUGCAGACCAUUUGGGCCAGAGGACGGAUGUGGAAUCCGUAGGAGAAAACACAGAUGAGGAAACAAGCUUGACAGAGGAGAUGAGGAACGAAUCAGCUGAGGUGGUCCAAAUGAGGAACGAAUCAGCUGAGGCGGUCCAAAUGAGGAACGAAUCAGCUGAGGCUGUCCAAAUGAGGAAUGAAUCAGCAGAGGCGGUCCAAAUGACAACGAUAUUGGAGAGACGCAUGGAGGAGGCAGAGCAGAAAUCGGAGGAACUGGCGAUGAAGAGGAUCGAACAGGACAGACGUCUGGCAGAGUUGGAGAGAAACGCCAAAGACACGGAGAGAAAGAAUGAGGAGUUGAAACGGGAACGAGAGGAGGAAGAACAGAGAUUAAAGAAGUUUAAUCGGAUAAGAGAGGAGGAGGAGGAGAGACUGGAGCAGUUGAAACAGGAAAGAAAAGAGGAAGAGGAUAGACUGGAGAAGGUGAAACAGGAGAGAGAGGAAGAAAUGGAGAGAUUGGAGAAGGUGAAACAGGAAAGAGUGGAAGAAAUGGAGAGAUUGGAGAAGGUGAAACGGGAGAGAAAGGAAGAAAUGGAGAGAUUGGAGAAGUUGAAACGGGAGAGAGAGGAGGAGGAGCAGAAAUUGGAGAAGAUGGUGGAGCUACCGAGAGAAUCCGAGACGAUAGACAGGCAGUCGCAAGAGGAAAGAGAGGAAAGAGCUGAAAGAGAGGAGCAGUUUAAGGAGAUGGAGGAAAUGAUCGACGUAGUGCUUAAAGUAACUGAGUUGGAGGGAACAUUGGACGCCUUGAGGAAAGAGAAUUACGACCUCAGUGUGCAGUUAGGCGAAGAAACAAAUGACACAGAGAAGCUGAGGAAUGAGGAGUUGAAACAGGAAAGAGAGGAGGAAGAGGAGAGACUGGAGAAGUUGAAACAGAAAAGUGAGGAAGAAAUGGAGAGAUUGGAGAAGUUGAAACGGGAGAGAGAGGAGGAGGAGCAGAGAUUGGAGAAGAUGGUGGAGCUACGUAGAGAAUCUGAGACGAUAGACAGGCAGUCGCAAGAGGAAAGAGAUGAAAGAGCUGAAAGAGAGGAGCAGUUUAAGGAGAUGGAGGAAAUGAUCGACGUAGUGCUUAAAGUAACGGAGUUGGAGGGAACAUUGGACGCCUUGAGGAAAGAGAGUUACGACCUCAGUGUGCAGUUAGGCGAAGAAACAAAUGACACAGAGAAGCUGAGGAAUGAGGAGUUGAAACAGGAAAGAGAGGAGGAAGAGCGGAGAUUGGAGAAGUUGAAACAGAAAAGUGAGGAGGAAGAGCAGAGAUUGGAGAAGCUGGUAAUGAAGAGGAUGGACGAGGAGAUAAAGAAUGAGAAGUUGAAACUGGAGAGAGAGGAGGAAGAGCAGAGAUUGGAGAAGAUGGUGGCUGAGGCGAUAGACAAGCAGUCGCAAGACGAAAGAGAGGAAAGAGAGGAGCAGUUUAAGGAGAUGGAGGAAAUGAUCGACGUAGUGCUUAAAGUAACUGAGUUGGAGGGAACAUUGGACGCCUUGAGGAAAGAGAAUUAUGACCUCAGUGUGCAGUUAGGCGAAGAAACAAAUGACACAGAGAAGCUGAGGAAUGAGGAGUUGAUACAGGAAAGAGAGGAGGAAGAGCGGAGAUUGGAGAAGUUGAAACGGAAAAGUGAGGAGGAAGAGCAGAGAUUGGAGAAGCUGGUAAUGAAGAGGAUGGACGAGGAGAUAAAGAAUGAGAAGUUGAAACUGGAGAGAGAGGAGAAAGAGCAGAGAUUGGAGAAGAUGGUGGCUGAGGCGAUAGACAGGCAGUUGCAAGACGAAAGAGAGGAAAGAGCUGAAAGAGAGGAGCAGUUUAAGGAGAUGGAGGAAAUGAUCGACGUAGUGCUUAAAGUAACGGAGUUGGAGGGAACAUUGGACGCCUUGAGGAAAGAGAAUUAUGACCUCAGUGUGCAGUUAGGCGAAGAAACAAAUGGUGUGCAGUUAGAGGACACAGAGGAGCUGACACUGGGAGUGGUGGAGAGGAGCAAAAGAGAGGAGCGAGACACAAAGAGAACAGAAAUGGAGAGAAAGCUGCCAGCCGAGACAACAAGCACACAGGCAAUGGAGGUGGAGCUGAAAAGACAGGACGAGCAGCAGAGAUGGAGGAGAUCGGAAAUGCCGACAACCUCAGUGGAGGCCAUGAGGAGCUCAGUAUGGAUGGAGGGACAGAGGGAGGAGAGAGGAGGACAAAGAGCGAGGCAGCAGAUAAUAGACAAGAUGAUGCCGACAAAGGUAGAGGAGGCAAAUGGAACAGAAACAAUGGUGAAAAAAGAAAAGAAAGGCAAAAGUGCACUGAAAUGGCUGAAGAAGAGACUGGGAAUUUAACACACACACACACACACACACACACACACACACACACACACACACACACACACACACACACACACACAGAGGGCCGGCCCAAGUCUUUAUGGGGCCCUAAGCACAAUAUUAUCCGGGAGCCCCCCAAACCACCACCUACUCAGCAUCAGAUGCUUCCCAAGCAUCUUUUACUUGCACAAGUGAGGGGUAGGAGCUAAGGGCAUUGGUAGGCUGUCUGUAAAUUGUGUUCCCAUCAUGCACUGCACUUCUUGGAGCAAAAUUGCUCAAACAGAAUGCCAUUUAUCGCCCUCAGUUUAGUUUCAAAACUCUAUUACUCUUCAUUCUAUUCUGCAUUUCUUGUAGGGUUUUCAGAACUACAAGUGGUACUGUACAUGACAAAAUGACUGUAUCUACGGUCAUUGAAGUGACCCCCAAUAUAUAAUGGCUCCUGUUUCCAUUGUGGGAGUAAGUGGUACAUGAGAAAGAAAUAUAUGACUAGGGAAAAUGGUGGAGAGUUCAUUUCUUCCUGGAACUUUACUCAUGGGGGACCCUGGAGGCGUUGGGGCCCAAAGCCAUUGCAUAGUUUGUUUAUGUUUUGGGCCGGCCCUGCAGACACACACACACACACACACACACAAGCCUGCCAACAGGGGCGGGGGGGACAAAGGGGUAUGUUGUCCCGGGCGAUAUGGGGAUAGGGGGCCCAGAAUCGGGUCCCCAUUACAUUGUACUGAAGGGUAGGGGGCCCUUUCAGAUGACUUUAUCCUGGGCCCAUAAAAAGCUGACACACACACACACACACACACA